UCCCUGUUCAGCAGCCCAGGAGUCACUGGAAGAUGUUAUUGACUGCAGAAAUACUUGUUUUUGCCGUGAAUGGUUUCCUAAAGGUGGCAACAGCCUUGGACAUUGGAUUAUCCACGAAAUGCGUCAUGAUACCCAAGGAGAUGGGCAUGUGCCACAAGAUUGGAUACUCUGAAAUGAGACUUCCCAACCUGAUGGGACACACAAGCAUGGCAGAGGUUAUCCAAAAAUCCAGCACCUGGCAGCACCUUGUAAACACAGACUGUCACCCUCACGUGGGGACGUUCCUGUGCUCCCUCUUUGCACCCAUCUGUUUAGAUACGUUCAUCCAGCCCUGCAGGAGCAUGUGUGCCUCUGUCCGUGCCAGCUGUGCCCCCGUGCUCCUGUGCCAGGGGCAGCCCUGGCCGGCCAGCCUGGACUGCGACCGCUUCCCCGGGGACGAGGACACGUGCCUGGCACCGCUCUCCAAGGACUACAAACACCUGCACAAAGUCCUACCAAAGCCUACCUGCCAGACUUGCCCAGCCGUGGAGGAAUUCUUUACACACAAAAGAGUUCUUGAAGUUUUCUGUGACAGUAACUUUGCAGUGAAAGUAAAGCUGUCCAAGAAGAGAACAGCAUUUGAGGACCAAGAUUAUAACAUUGAAUGCCAGGUGGAAUUCAUUACCCAGGGCUCACUGUUGCCCUACGAAACCCAGAGAAUGAUACAACAGUGGCUGCUAAUUAAUGAAAAAUGUAUAGAGAGGAUGAGCCCAACCCACCGUCCCAUGGUGUAUCUCCUUGUGGGGAACAUUGAAGAGGGCAUCAUUUUGGUCAAACAGGUUUAUCGCUGGCAGAGGAAGGACUCCCAGCUGACUCUGGCCACUCAGAAGUGGAGACAACAUAAAUGCUUGUAA